AUGGGAUCCAUCGCCAAAAGAACAAUUGGUUCUACUCACCAAUGGUGGAAAGAAGCCAUCGUAUAUCAAAUUUAUCCAGCCUCCUAUCUUGACACCACCGGAUCAGGAGAUGGAGAUCUUAACGGGAUCGCCUCGAAAUUACCAUACAUCAAAUCUCUCGGUGUAGAUGUCGUAUGGCUCUCUCCCAUCUACAAAUCACCUAUGAACGAUAUGGGCUAUGAUAUCUCGGAUUAUCGAGCUAUCAAUCCAAUGUUCGGUACCAUGGAAGACUGGGAACGUCUUUGCGAAAAAGCCCACGAAUUAGAUCUUAAACUAGUCAUGGACCUUGUCGUAAAUCACACCAGUUCUGAGCAUGCUUGGUUCAAGGAAUCCGUCGCCGGUGGUCCUAAUGGUCCAAAACGAGAUUUCUACUACUGGGAACCACCGAAAAAUGGUAAAGAGCCCAAUAAUUGGGGAGCCAUGUUCGGUGGUUCAUCAUGGGAAAAAGAUCCAUCGCAUCAAACGGAGGAAUAUUAUCUGCACGUCUACGAUGUCAGUCAACCUGAUUUAAAUUGGACCAAUCCUGCCGUACGUAACGAAGUCUGGGAUAUCAUGAGAUUUUGGCUUGAUAAAGGAUGUGAUGGGUUCCGUAUGGAUGUUAUCAAUUGCAUCUCAAAGGAACCCGGAUUUCCCGAUUUCGAAGUCACAGAUCCGCGUAAUGAAUUUCAAGUUGGAGUUCAUAGCAAUUUCAAUGGACCACAUGUAAAGGAAUAUCUGGAAGAAAUGCAUCGCGAAGUACUUUGUCAUUACCCUGAAGCUUUUACCGUUGGAGAAACCCCAGGUAUCAAAACGGCCAAGAGUGCCUUGGGAUUAGUACAAGGAGGGAAACCCCUUCAAAUGGUUUUCCAUUUCGAACACGUGUACUUUGAUAUCCAACCUGGUAAAAAACCUUUCUUUCCCCGUCCUUCUUGGGAUCUUACAGAUCUUAAAAAAAUCCUCGGAGAUUGGAUGUCAUAUAAUGCAGCAAAUGAUGGCUGGGACUCCCUAUAUCUCGAAAAUCACGAUCAACCCCGCAUUCUAGGUCGUUGGGCAAAAGAUACUCCAGAAUGGAGAGUUCAGGCAGCAAAAAUGCUGGCGCUUUUCCAUGCUACCGGAAGAGGAACAUUAUUUGUAUACCAAGGACAGGAAAUCGGAACGGCGAAUAGUCGCUGGUGGAAAAAUGAAGAAUUUAGGGAUUUGGAAGAGAUUAAUUUCUUUGCUGCAGAGAAGAAACGUAGAGAGAAGGAAUCGAAUGGGGAAGAGGUCGAUAUGUCGGAUAUCUCUCGUGGGAUCCAAGGAUAUGGAAGAGAUAAUUCUAGAAUGGGUAUGCAAUGGGAUGAUUCACCCAAUGGUGGUUUCACAACUGGAAAACCGUGGAUUAAAACAAACGAAGAGUAUAAAGAGAUUAACGUCAAGGCUCAAGAGGGUAUCAAGGGAAGUACACUAGAGUUUUGGAAACAGAUGCUUCAAAUUAGGAAGAAUAAUCCUGUGUUGUGUAAAGGGGGGUUUGAAAUGUUGGAUCAGGAAAAUGAGGAGGUUUAUGCUUAUUUGAGGAUGGGUGAGGGAAAGGAAUAUUUGGUUGUUUGUAAUUUUAAGGAGUGGGAUGUUAGCUGGAAGGUUCCGGUUGUAAAGGGAGGAUUUUUGUUUGGGAGUUAUGAGGAUGAGGGGGAGAGUGCUAGUGAGGGGGAGGAAAUCAAGUUGAGACCGUUUGAGGGGAGAAUUUAUGUUAGGGAUGUUUGA